UGCAAACAAUGUGGUGCUUUGAUCAAAGCACAUGCCGUCAACAAUGGGACUAGUGGCUUGAAAACUCAUCGCUUGGCAUGCGAGAGGAAGAGGAAAGAAGCUGGUGGUCAGUCAUUAUUGAACUACCAACCUGGGGAUGGUGAGGAACAUCAUAUGUGACUGCACAUACAUUCUUCAAGGCCAUUGUUGAUAUUUUUGAAGUGAUAACAACAUUGAAGAAUGAUAUGGAUGAGCAGAUACAACAAAUGGCAAACAGAAUUGAGGCUAAGGUACGCAAGUAUUGGUUUGAACAUGAUGAGGAGGAGGAGGAAGAGAACCUAAAGAUAAAUAGACUAGUUUACAUAGCAUGUGUGCUGGAUCCUAGGCGUAAACUUGCAUAUCUAUCUUUUAUGUUGGAUGCUAUGUAUGGGAAAUCGAAAGGAGAAGCUUUGGUAAAGGAAGUAACUGCAGACAUGACUGAUAUGUUUGAG